AGGAACACCAAGUGAACCGGAUGUUAUUGCAAUGUCAACGAUGGCGAUCAUCAUGUUACCGUGAAAUAUGAUCAAAUAAGCAGACCUAGGAGUGUUAUUUAUAUGUUUGAUGACGCUGAGUGUCAUUACAUGCUAACACGCAGACAGGUGUUUAGUUUAUUAGUGAAGUAAGUUAAGUAGAAGAUGGCUUUCAACGAAGUUAGUCGCAGUGUUCGCCUGUUAGUUCAAAUUCAAAGAUGUCGCCCAGCGGUGGUUGCCAAUCAGAUGGCAGCUCGGUGCAUGAGUCAGGUUGCACGACCGGAGCCCACCGCAGACGAAAACGAAGCCGUGAGCCCGACUUUUGUGAACAGAAAUCCCCGGAACCUGGAGCAGAUGGCUCUGGCUGUGAAGGAUCGGGGCUGGAAGACGACAUGGCCCCACCAGCAGUUCUACCACAGGUUGAUGUUCUCUCGCAGCCAAAACCAUGUGACAGCAGAGGUGUUUUCCAGCAGCUCUCUUGAGCCAGUGAUUUCUUGUUCAACCCAAGAGUGGGCAGUGAAGAAGGAACUGUAUUCCACAAACUGUGUGGCAGCUUGUCAGGCUGUGGGGGAAGUGCUGGCACGACGAUGCGUGCAGGCUGGCAUCACCAGGAUGGUGUACAGGGAUAUUCCUUGGACGUACCGUUCAGAUUCUGUUCAGGCUUUCAGGACUGCAAUGAAAGUAGGAGGAAUUACUCUCAGUGAACCCAGAAGGAAAUAUGUCGAGAGCUGAAUUUAGGCAUUAUCUUUUUCUGUAGUCUUCUCUGUAACUCAUGUUCCCAUUUAAAAGAAAAAAUGAAUUAAUCAUUUAUUACUGUACAGAUAGACAACCACAACUCUCAUUGAUAAUACCAAAUGAACAAAGUAGUUUUUUGGGGGGGAUAAAUUGUUGUGAAUUCAACCUGUUCUCUUCUGGUGUAUUAUUCAGUCAGGAAAUAAACUGGUUGGAGUACAAUCA